UCCGUGGUGGCUCUUGGGCCAGCUUCAUCUGUAACAAGAUCCCAGGGCUAGCUCCCUGACAGAGGGCAAUCUGUCAGAGCCGACCUGACGCUAUCAUCGUGAUCGGAGAAGGGUCUCAAAUGGGAAUCAAUGAGUGUCAAUUUCAGUUCCGAAAUGGUCGUUGGAACUGCUCAGCCCUGGGAGAGCGGACGGGUCUUUGGAAAGAGCUGAAAGUGGGGAGCCGUGAAGCUGCAUUCACCUACGCAGUCAUUGCUGCAGGUGUGGCCCAUGCCAUCACAGCCGCCUGUACACAGGGUAAUCUGAGCGACUGUGGCUGUGACAAGGAGAAGCAGGGCCAGUAUCACCGGGAUGAAGGCUGGAAGUGGGGCGGCUGCUCAGCCGACAUUCGCUAUGGCAUCGGCUUUGCCAAGGUCUUCGUGGACGCCAGGGAGAUCAAGCAGAAUGCCCGGACCCUUAUGAACUUACACAACAAUGAAGCUGGCCGCAAGAUCCUAGAGGAAAAUAUGAAGCUGGAGUGUAAAUGCCACGGGGUGUCGGGUUCGUGCACCACCAAAACGUGCUGGACGACGCUGCCCAAGUUCCGGGAGCUGGGCUACAUUCUGAAGGACAAGUACAACGAGGCGGUGCAUGUGGAGCCGGUGCGGGCCAGCCGCAACAAGAGGCCUACCUUCCUCAAGAUCAAGAAGCCCUUGUCCUACCGCAAGCCCAUGGACACGGAUCUGGUGUACAUCGAGAAGUCGCCCAACUACUGUGAGGAGGAUCCUGCGACGGGCAGCGUCGGGACCCAGGGCCGAAUGUGCAACAAGACAGCCCCGCAGGCCAGCGGCUGCGACCUUAUGUGCUGCGGCCGCGGCUACAACACCCACCAGUACGCGCGCGUGUGGCAGUGCAAUUGCAAAUUUCACUGGUGUUGUUAUGUGAAGUGUAACACGUGCAGUGAACGAACAGAAGUGUACACGUGUAAGUGAGUCCGGAGGGUUGGGGAGCCACUGGGGGACUGGGUGGGUGAGAGGGAUGUGGAGGGAAAGGGGGAGGGAACGGUGACUGCUGGGCCACCCUUCCAUUACCCCCCUCACCACCCCACUGCCUGCUGAGAAAGGAAGAAGACGGAAAAAAACCCGAGGAAGACGUUUGCACAUGAUCUGGCCUGACCUGCUCCAGGCUGUCACCAAGAUCUACUGGGCCUCUUCCAAAAGACCGGCUUUGGGUGGAGGUUUUUUCCUGGCUUCUCACCGUAAGCCCGGGUGUUCCCUGUUAGACCCAAGAGAAGAGCAGAGAGCGGACAAUCCAACCCCCUCCGCAAGUACACUCAGCCACUAAGCCACUGGAGUCACUGUGGGCCCGGGUGGCCUCAGGGAGACCACCAGGCUGGGCCAGGCCAGGCCCCCAUGACUCAAGGGGUCAGCCUCCCCUUGCGAACAAAUGGUUCGAUCUACACAGUGACUGUUCACCAGGAAUCAAAUAUGGCAAGAAGCACUGGAAUGAUGAGAACAUUUUGCAGGGGAGAUCAGCAGCCCGGUGUGAUUAUUCCUGCAGAGUGCUACCCACCGGGCCCACUUUAGCCUCAGCACUCAUGGAAAUGCUUCAGGAACCUCUCCGCUGGUCUUCAUCUCACUUAAAAUAACUUCAGCAAACCCUGCUAUUGCUCCCGCUGCUGUUCUAUGGCUAGACAUGACAUGGUCUUUUAAGCUGCCAUUUUUUUUUAAAAGCAGGGAUGUCAGGCGCCUGGGCUUACUAAUAGCAAUAUUUAACAAUUUAUUCAGAUAAAAAUAAUAUUAAUUUAUUUAAUUAAAAGAACUCUACCACCACUGGAAAAGAUUCUGCAAUCAAAGUAGGCUCCUUGCUUUCUUUGUGGAAUAAUUUUGUCAACUGGGCAAGGAACAAUUGGAAUUGUACAUAGUUAUUCUUUAUGCAGAUAUUUCUACUAGUUGAUUUUGCAAGUUAUUCCUUGCAGUCCUAGUUGUUUAAGUAUAAAAGCAGGCAUCUUUUUACAUAUAUAUAUAUAUAUUUUGCUGUUUGCUGCUAUUUGUCUGGAAACUCAAGUUGGCAUUGAUCUUGAGAUCUUUACCAGUACAUACCAAUACCCCCUUUUCCCCUACCCCCUGCCAGGUAAGACUCACCAUUCUGAAAAUCAAGUUUGAGAUGCCUAUACAGAGAAACAGAAAUUAAACUCCAGACAAUUUCCAUCUUUUGGAAAAUGACCCAUAGGAUAAGAGAGUAUAUUUUGUAAGAGACUAUUUUUAUAUGAAUAUUUUAUUUAUACUAUGUUUGCCUGUAUCAUGCUAUAACCUGUUCUACUUCUCAAACCAGGCAGCCAUCUCAUCCUGUUUAUCAGAGGAAGGCUGCUGAGGCCUUGGCAUGGAGGAGGAUGGGACUCAGAGCCCAAAUGGGUCUCUUCCCCUCAUAUCACACAAAGCCCCUCUUGGGAUCCAAUUUGCCAAGCGUGCAAAAGAUCCUUCAGUCACAUGGUUCAAAGGCGUGAUUGGUAUUAACAGGAUACUCUCUGAGCCCAUUUGGAGGAAGAAAAAAAAAGCCAACCCCAACAAAUUUAAGCUCCCUCCCCCUUGUGGCCUGGGUCAGUCAACUGUGGCCCUGUGAUUAACAAAGGCAUUGGGUGUAUUGGCCCUGAAAUCCCCACAUUGUGGGACUGUCACAAUGGAUUGGAUCAGCCAUGAUCAGUAGGCUUGGACAUUGCCGACCAGACGAACACACACACACACACACACACACACACACACACACACACUGCCUCCCAUAGACAGUGGUUACCCCAGAACCCUGUUUUAAUGAUGAAAUGGGUUUAAGAAGAUGCCUUUGAAUGCCUCAGCUCCUACCACACAUUUUCUUAGAAGAUUUCCCCAUAAAACACCAAAAUAUUCCAUCCAAAUUCAACCAAUCCACCUUUGGGUCUUCAGCCUAUUCAUUAUCAAGCAACUGCAGCCCCAAAGUGAUCGAUGACUUGGAGAGGGCGCUGUCCAGGGCAAACUGAGAAAAUAGGUUCUCUUUUCCCCUGUCUUUUCCUGUUGCCUUUUGCCUUUCCCUCUCUGGGGUGACAGGCAGAGAGAGGCAUGCAGGGAAAGUUUCUAAAUCAUGGAAGCCCUUCUCUCCUCAAUCUAGCCUGGACCUCUAGCCUCUUACUUCCCAAGCUUAGUUUGGUCUCAUUUGGGAGUAUGUGUAUGUGGUGCAAUGAAAAAACCCUGAAUUUGGAGACUUAGAUUUGAAUCCUGACUCUGCUGCUUAAUCCCUGUGUAAGAUCCCUCCUUUGAACCACUCCCUUAAUUUAUCUGGGCCUCAGUUUCGCCAUUUGGGGUUGCUUGUAACUUUUUUUUUUUUGGUAUCAUGGCCCCCUUUGGUGAUCUGUUGAAGAUUAGGGACCCCUUCUCAGAAUAAAGUUUUAAAAUUUAUACAACACCAUACAUUAGAUUACCAAGAAUAUAAACUAUAUUAAAAACUAUACAAGAUAUAUUUAAAAAGGCAGGUUCAUGGACCCCAGGUAAAGAACCACCCCUGGAUUAGAUGAUCUCUCAGCUCCCUUCUAGCUUAAGUCCUGUGUUUCCUAGAAGAUUGGGUGUCAAGUAGUUGAUGUGUCUCUGUAGGAGGGUCAUCUUCCAUAUAUGGCUCUGUGUAUUGUUUGUUUGUGGGAGCGUAGGAUUUAGAGCUGACUGGGACCUGGGAUGGCCUGAGCCAGAUUCAAAUGUAAUUGGGAAACUUUUAACAAAAUCAAUAAAAAUAUAGUAGAACAUAGAUAAUGUUAUUAUGUGGUUUUCUAAGUCAAUAUACUCCCUCAAGGAUCCUUAUGUAUAUUUCAGUGGUCCCCUUUUCUGUUUGGUCUAAUCCAACCCUAUUGUUUGAAAGAUGAUGCACAGAAGUCCAGAGAGAAAUGAUUUGCCCGGGAUUAUGUAGGAUAUGAACCCAGGUCUGCUGAUUCCAAACCUAUUGCUCCUUCUACUGUCAUACCAUCUGUGUUUGUGUACACAUUAAUGUAGCCAUGUGUCUCCAUAUUGAUUUUACCUUGUUUCUUUCUGCAUCCUUUGUGUAUGCGUUCCAUGUGUUCCUCAUUUAUUUUUUUCUACCUAGUAGAUGAGCAGGAGUUGAUGGAGCUCAUUGGUGUCCUGCUUUUUUUGUAUACCCAACCUUUCCUUUUGGGAUUUGGGAAGUCUGCUGGGGAAGGAGCUGCCCUUUUGAAGAAAAGACCCUGGGGGAAUAUUUGGGGGCUUGGGGGAGCAGGGAGCUUUAGAACUCACUCCUUGGGGCUACUAAUGGAUUCACAGUGGCCCUGUGAUCAUGGCACUGGGAAGGACUGUUUAGGAAGGAGGCAGGGGGUCUCUAAACCACAUACCUUUCCAGGUUUGGUCAUCUAGUUGCGUGGGGUUUCUGGGUAAGCCUCCUCUUGGAAAACCGACUCUCUGCUUCAUACAGAGUGUAAUUAGCCCCCAAGCCUGGUGUUCUUCUGCACACCUGCCACCUCCACCCACCUAGUGUAGGCCUGUUUCCCCUCCAGUCAGCCCCAGGUGACCCCUAUCAAAUUGUCAUUUACUUUCACAGAGGGGAGUCAGGGCCCCAGCUGAGCAUAUAAUUAAAAGAAUGAAAGUAUUUUUGGUAAUAGGAAAGUUGUUAUCUUGUCAGCUUGGUUAUUUUCAUGCCAAAACAUCACAGGCAGCUCUAGUUUGGGGUUUGGCUUUGGAGAUACAUGGCAGACACUGGCCUCAGAGGCUAUAAGUCCAUCGAGAGUGAGGCCCGCUUUGUCCUGGGCACCCAAACACUGAGCAGCCCCAAGCCUAUUAGCCUCCAAUACACAGCUCCACCCUUCCUCCAACAUGCAUCUGGUUGCAUCUGCCCCACCCCAUCCUGAAGGAGUUCAUCUCUUCCUCCUGUGGAGUUAGGACGAGGGAAGUCGAUGUCCCCUCUCUGUACAGAUAAUGACUAUCACCUUGGAUCCUGGCCCUUGUGCGUGCCUGGGGCUUCAGUUUCCCCAUUUGUAAAAUGGGCAUAAUAAUAGUUACCUACCUCACAGGGCUGUUGUGAGGGUUUCUUCAUUAAUGUUUGUAUGUCUCGUUUAAGCUGCAAAGUGAUGAUAGGCACCAAGUAUUAUUAUAAGCUCCUUAAAAACACCCUUCUUCAAACAUCUUUACUCACAGUAAUAAAUAUUUGGA